ACAGUCACUCAGGCCGAGGCAGAGUAACCUAUCUGUGUUCAUCAACAGUCACUCAGGCCGAGGCAGAGUAACCUGUCUGUGUUCACCAACAGUCACUCAGGCCGAGGCAGAGUAACCUGUCUGUGUUCAUCACCAGUCACUCAGGCCGAGGCAGAGUAACCUGUCUGUGUUCAUCACCAGUCACUCAGGCCGAGAUUAAACGAUUACUUGAGGAUUGUCAAGACAUUCAAGAAACAGAUGGAAAUCAGGGACAGCUUAAUAAGAGGUUCUGUAAUGGAACAGUAUAUACGCCAAAUAGGCUAUAUCAAAUUGAAUGGAUUUCCAGGAGGAUUGUGCAGUGACCUUGCAGAAAUUACCGGAGCCUCAGAGAGCUUGACUGUAUGGAACACCAGACAGGACAAUGGAGUGAUGGGGGAGACUGUGUGUGAAAGUGGUCCCGGAGAUGAGCUUUUGAUCAAGGUGCCUUUUGCUGGAGCGACCCUCACCAUCCGUCUCCUCUUCUAUCUGCGGGAGCCGUGGAUGCCUCCUGACAUGUCCUUCAGCGAUAUUCAAUUUUUAUCAAGGAUCUCAACUGAGGAUCUUGAGGAUCAGGUACCAGCACUGAAUAACUGGAACUGCUCUGAAGAUGAUAUUAUUGCUCAACUUCUUCAUCAGUUGUUGCAACUAUACAAAAAAUACCAGUUGGAGAAACUUGAUGAUGAUGAAGUUCUGCAGUUUGAGUACCGGUCCCUUCUGAAGACUCUUAAGAUUGGGGAAGGUGAUAUAGAGAUAUUAGUGAAUAGUCCAGGGCAUAACACAUCUUCACUGCUGGUGCGGUUACCACUGAGUCUUCAAGAUGUUCCCCCUGUGUUGAUUGAUGCUAACCCUGGCUCAGCAACCAGUCUUCUUCAAGUAACUUUUCAAGGUAAUGAGGGAGUGUUCGUCCCCAAGUUGUACUUGUCUCCAAGAGUUGAGUCACUCAUCGGAGGUGCCAACACUUUAGCACUUCCGGCAGUGCCUCCUGGUACUUGCUUGCUGGAUUAUGUUGAGAGAGUUUUGGAGCUGCUGGAGGAGAAAGUACGAAAAGCUGUACUCUGUUUUGAAACUAGAAAACAGUUCAUUGCCCAGGUGUUAUGUCAGUUUGGUUGUGCUGUGAUGGAGUAUGAUGCUGAGCGCUUUAGCAAGGUUGUGCUCAUGUUCGAAGUGAAGGACUUUCACUUUCUCACCUUCAUUACUCUUGGUCAACUCUUUCCUCAGGUACAGGCUGGACCCCUCUAAUGCAGGAUCCGAUAGUCUGGCAGCUUCGAUCGUUCGGCACGGUGUUUGAAUCUGGCUGUCGUUAGUUUUUGUUCAUAUGCUUUACUUUAUCACAUAAUGUUUUACAGGUUCAGGUAUCAAUAAUUCAAUAAUAUACAAUUUUCUCUUUGCUUUUUCUGCUAAUCUACUUAUUUCUGUGUCACAGUACAGUAAACCUGUGCCAUAGUACUAACAUUGUCAUAAGGAGGUCCAGUAAGCCUGGGCUAGAUUUAUGUUGAUAUAAGUUGUAUUGGUACCAGUAACAGUACAUUUUAUGCAUUAUUUUGCCUUUAUUUAACCUCGGCUUCGAUGGUUCAGAAUUUUCCUUAAUCCGGAACCGGUCUGGUCCCAAGCUUCCUGGAUAAGCGAGGUCCAACCGGUACCACAUUUUAAGACAACCUUAUACAGGAUGGAUUUUGAAUGAAAUUGACAUACAAACUCCCACAUUUUGCCAAUUACUGACCAGGGAAUUGGAGAGAAUCUGUUAUGUAAAGGGAGUUGGAGUAACCUCAGUAAAGUUUGUAUACCAAAUGUGUAGAUUAAGAAUUUGAGCAAAUGUGUUUCUGCCACAGUAAAAGUCAAAUUAUCUGAUCCAUCGAAGGUCCCAUGCAAGUUGGAUAAUCAGACCUUUACUAUAAUUGUAGUAACCCUAACCUCUCACUUUCUUUACUUGUUUUGCACCACUUUCUCUCCUUUCUUUACUUGUUUUGCACCACUUUCUCUCCUUUCUUCGAGUUUUUUGAUAGAAUACCUUCACAAUACUCUACAGUAAUAACUCCAUUAGCCGGAACUCUCCAAAAAUGUGCAGUACCCGGAAUUGAAAUUGGCUUGGAAAUUUUCUGGAAAAAGUCUUUCAAUUCUGGGUCUGUGAACGAGCUUUAGAGGCUGAAAAUCAGGAGAAUUUUUCUAGAAAAUUCCGAAAAAAUUAUGGAAACUCCAAUUUUUUUUUUUUUUACCGGGUCUGGGAGCAAAUUCAGAGGAUGAAAUAAUGCUUACCGUAAUUUCCGGAAAAUUCCAAGAAAUUUUACCAGGACCCGGAAAAAUCAGGUGAUGUGGGAUUUUUGUGGGUUUCAGACAGUUGUCUCAUUACCUGGAAAUCUCUCAUCCCUGGAAGAGCUCUGCACCAAUUACUCUGGCUAACAGGGAUACAAUGGAGUUAUGAUAAUUUGUGAAAUACAAAUUCACAUUCUUAAAUUCAUAGAUACAGCACCUCUUUUUGAAAUUUCCUAGUCAAAUAUUCGUAAUUCAUGGCUAAGUGUUGGCUGCCGCAUUGUUUAUUUACACAAGAAGCCAUAAAAGUUGUGGAAAUAUCAUUUCAAUGCUCUCCUCCUCCAACCUCAAUAAUACAUCAUUAUACAAUUUCACCAUAAUUCUCAUAUUGUUUACUGUAGGAACCGCUUUAAUAAGACAUUAUCUAAAGUAAUAAAUUUUCUUGAGAACAAAAAUCCUACACUUAACCCAAAUUGAGUUGCUGUGGGGUAUUAAAUUGCUGGUUCAUUGUUUACAUAGCGCGGUCACAGCCAGCCUGGCUCCUGCGUGUUUUGAUGAUGUGUUGGUGUAAUCCACAGGAUGAGUAUGAGAAGGGAAACAGAUGUUUAAGUAAUAUCGAAUUAGUUGUACAAUAUCUAUUUGUUACUAUAUCUUUUCGAUGUGUUAUGUACAAUGUUUAGUGUUUGGUAAAGUAGUUUUGGAACAGUUUAUGGGUAUUUUUUGGCCUCUGGUACCUAACGAGGGAAUUAUCAAGACUCCACUGUAUCUGAUCAUAUUUCAGGGCAGAGGAGGGAUGGUUGGGAGAGUGAGGGACUGAUAUAGGAGGGAGGGAGAGGUGGAGUUGAGGGAGAGACCGGUGUAGGAGGGAUGGUGGGUCAGGAGUAGGAGAGAAUGGAAGACAAAAGUGGAAGAAAAGAAGUUAGAGAAAGUGUGAACAAAAAAGAUGGAAGGUGAAGAGAAGCAGGAGAAAGAUAUUUUACAAAGCAGCUCCAUAAUCUUUAUUCCAAACUCCAGGUGCAUAAUAUAACAUGGACUAUGUACACACUCCAUGCUGCUUAUAUGUGGAGAGAGAGAGAUAGAGAGAAGAGAGAGACCUGCUGCAGGAAAGUCCAUUAGAGAACACAGCUCCUUGAAGCUAACCUUAUAAGCUCAACAGGCUCAUAACCUGGCCUGAUCCACCCACAGUUUCCUGACUGGGGAUGUUCUCCUGGAUAGACGUCUCCGUAUUGGGCAUCACUGAUCCUGACCCGGCCUCUGGGCCUGAUUCCAUCCCAAACCACUUUCCAAGCUCACAAUCGGCUGUGACCCCCCUUGCCCCCAGAAUGGCUCUACCCAGGACAAUUCACCCACCUCACCACCCCCCUGGUCACCCCCGCCGGAACCGUUUAGUGCUCCUCUUGGUCAGUGUGAGGGGCCUCUGGAUCAACAUUGGCACAGUUUUGCCGUAAAGAGCAAUGCGAACAUCAUUGUAGUUAAAGACAAUACUGAACAGCAGCAUGGAGUCCACAUUUGGAAAAUAAAUGGUGUACUACAGCCAGUGGGUCAGGAAAAAUUGUCAAGGAAAGGCAGGUGGAGGUGUGGUUGUCUGUUUCAAGGAAGCACUUCAGGUGUAGGUCCUGGAAGCUAACAUCCCAGCGUGGAUGGAAGCACCUUUCUUUCGCAUUGUCCUUGCCGGUGGUGCUGCUUUCAUGCUCGGUGGUCUUUACUGCCCCCAUUGGCAAGGAUGCGCAUCCCUCGACUUUCUGACAGAGCACCUGGAUGACCUCCUUACACGACACAACUGUCAACACAUCAUGAUCGCUGGGACUUCAAUUAUUAUCUCGUCCAAGACUCCUAUGAUAACCUCCUGACAGUUCAGUGUCUGGUGGAUCACAGAGAUUUUCCUACCUACAUACACAUGGGGAUGCUGGCGCUGUCUUCUCUGACCUUCAGGAUGAGUCCAUCUGAUGCUACCAACUGGGACCAGUAUGUAGUUCAGACCACUACGUGAUCCUGUCCCAGAUGAUGUUGGGUGUGGCGAGUGAUGAGGCCUCCACUCGUACCAUUUGGCUCUCGGACUGUGCUAACUGGCCCUCCAUGAUCUGCACUACACGGACUGAGACAGUCUUCUUCUUGAUGGUGUAGAUCACAAGGCUAAGACCCUCACUACUUGACUCUUGGAUAUACAGCAGCUUUACGUACCACAUCGCCAGUCCAUCACCAAACCCAUGGACUGUCCCUAGUUUGCUGCAGAGGCCAAGUAUAUGGCGUGGGUGAGGUACAAAGGGAACCCGACCCGACACAACAAAUACGCGCACCGAAUGACCUGCAAGCACAUGGUUGCCACCAGUAAGUGGGCCAUAACGAGAUGGGAGGCCGAUAUGCACCGCAAGCCAACUGGUGUGGGGGUGGACUCCAAAAUGUGGUUGGUGCUGGUGAAGGAGAACCAGAGGAUUGGCCAACAAGAGUCAAUUUCUCCUCUUACCAAACUGGAAAGAACUUUAGUUACCAGCAGCAGGGACAAGGCGGAGCUGCUGGGAGAGCUCUUCAGCCCUAAAAUGACUGUCCCAGAACCCAAUAGAACUUCUACAACUAGAGUGUGAGGAACAGCCGACCACAGUGGCAGUAACUCAAGAGUCAAACAUCUACUUUGAAAAUUUAAUGUUAAAAAAAACAGUUGGCCCUGACAACAUCAGCCCAUAUGUCUUCUGACAUUGUGCCAAUGAGCUAACUGGUCCUCUUUUGACUGUUUGCAACACCUGCAAGGUGGAAAACAUGUGGCCUAUCAUGUGGAAGCAGGUCGUAACUGUCCAUAAAAAGCAGUCAAAGUCGGACCCAGGAAACUACCGUUCCAUAUCACUGUUAUCUGUGGUCAGUAAGUUAUUUGAGAAGCUAGUCAUGGAGGAAGUGUAUUGCCACUUUGACCACCACAAUCUGUUGUCUAGCUGGCAGUUUGGUUUCAGAUCAUAUUGAUCCACCUCAGACCUGCUGCUGCUCUUCUCUAGAGACUGGCAGGAUGUAUUGGACAAUGAUCUGGACACCCUCAUGAUUGCCCUUGACAUAGCGGGGCCUUCGACUGGGUGUGGCACAGGGGCCUCCUGGAAAAGUUUCAAUCGAAAUGAACCGAGGGGAACCUCCUCCUGCUUUUAGCAGACUACCUGCGAGGGAGGAUCCUCAGAGUUGUCGUCAACAGUCAGAUCUCCUGAGAUUUCCAAUAGAGGCGUCGGUCCCUCAGGUAUCUGUUUUGGGGUCGAUUUUAUGAAACGUCUAUAUUGAUGACCUCCUACAACAUAUGCCAGUGGUAUCAGCCUACUCUGAUGAUUGCACCCUAUCGUGCUCUUAUUCCCGCCAGGAUAGCCAGCGAGCAGUCCAGAGACUGAACCAGCAACUGGAGCUGAUCCGUGGAUGGGGUACACGCUGUCAGGUAAAUUUUGAUCCUCAGUAAACACAAGCGAUGGUGAUAUUCUGCUCCCCGGUGGCCUCCCACGCUGUGAAGGAUAGAAUUCUCUUUGGGGAGGUGCCUCUGCCACUUCUGGAUUACAUGACAAUCCAUGAAGUGGUUUUUGACAAACAUUUGAGGUUCGACAAACACCUCAAUAACUGCACGCAAGGCCUCACUCAGGGUAUCUGCCCUGAGAAGGUUGACUAGAUUCCUUGACCACAGUGAAAUCCUGAUGCUGUAUAAGGCUCAGAUAAGGCCUUAUUUAGAGAACUUAUCCCUGUUGUGGAUGUGCAGCGCUCCUUCCCACAUUGGAAAACUGGACAAAAUACAGAGGCUAGCCUUGCGACUCAUGGAUUCUGCCUCACACCCUUCCCAUGACAUCAUCACCACCGUGGACUCUCUGGAGCACCGGGGAGAUGUGGCGGCCCUGACUGUUCCACAAGGCCCACGUCCAAGAGGUGCCUCACCUGGCGGAUUUCAGGCUGGCCCUACGAGCUGCGCAGAGGAGCGCAAGAACGAUGCUGUUGAGCGUCCAGCUGGUGGAGGUGCCGAGAUCAUGAGCCAGUCAGCAUCAGAUGACCUUCAUGUCCAGUGUUUCACGACUGUGGAACCUCUUCACAGCGGCCAUACAGGAUGUUUGGAAGAUGACUACCCAACCUGUCAAGAUGGCCGCUCAUAGAUGGCGAGCGGUACUCCCAACUCCGCUGAUUCUUCUACGAACCUGACACGUUACUUGAGGUCUAAAAUAUUUACUGUGUAUUACUAUGGAAUUUUUUUCUAAAAUAUUAUUUACUAUGUGUACAUUAGUGUAUUUUUAGUGGCUUUAAUUAAUCCAGUGUCCUUAACUAUGUACUCUAUUAUAAUUUACUGUAACAACCCUGGGGAAGGUUUUUCAGGUAGGAUAGUUUUACCCAAAUUUUCCUUUAAACUAGUUAUCAUGUGAUUAGGAUAGAACCUUGUCAGUGAUCCUCAUGUAAUUAACUGUUUUACUAUAUUUUUCUUGAACAUCCUUUCAAUCCUUGUUGACAUUUAUCCCUACUUUUUCUCUUUCCUUUUAUCCAUCUCAUACUUUUCACUGUCUUCUCUCUCACUUUCACUUUUCCCUCUGCUUCCUUACUUACUUUAUGGCAGUACA